GCCUACAUUAAAGGUUGGAGCCAUGGUGUUGAUUCUUGGCCGAAGGAGUGGGGACUCUGGGAUCAGAGACUCACCAGCUGUCAAGCGCAAGGUGUUUGAAUCCAAACCCCCAAGCAGUCAAGAUGUCUUGGACUUCUGCUGUGGUUCGUCUCAUUCAGAUGGCAUCCUGCAGGUGUUCAAUGAGUUUCGUGAUUCUCGCCUUUUCACUGAUGUGGUUAUCAGCGUGCAGGGCCUCGAGUUCCACUGCCACCGUGCUAUUCUCUCUGCAUGUUCCUCCUACUUCAGAGCCAUGUUCUGCAACGAUCACCGUGAGAGCCGUGAGAUGCUAGUUGAGAUCAAUGGCAUUCUGGCUGAGGCGAUGGACUCCUUGCUCACUUUUAUUUACACUGGCCGUGCCAAGAUCACCACUGAGAACGUCCAGUUCCUCUUUGAAGCCUCCAGCCUCUUCCAGAUCAACACACUACGGGAUGCAUGUGCUAAGUUCUUGGAGGAUCAACUGGACCCGUGCAACUGCCUGGGCAUCCAGCGUUUUGCAGAAGCCCACUCUCUGAAGCAGCUUGCCAGCCGCUGCCGCAGUUUUGCUCUGGCCAACUUCUCAGAGGUGGCUCAGCAUCAAGAGUUCCUUGACCUGCGCUGUGAAGAGCUGGAAGACUACAUUAGUAGUGAGGAUCUGUCCGUUAGUAAGGAGGAGGUCGUGUUUGAGGCGGUCAUGCGAUGGGUUUACCACAGUGUGGACCACAGGAGAUCCACACUCAAGGCUUUGUUGCUCCAUGUUCGCAUGCCCUUGCUGCAUCCCAACUACUUCGUCCAGACGGUGGAACAAGACCAGAUCAUCCAGAACGCUCAAGAGUGCUACCAAAUUCUCCAUGAGGCCAGACGCUACCAUGUGCUAGGCAAUGAGAUGAUGUCAUCCAGAACUCGUCCACGGAGGUCAACUGGCUACUCUGAGGUGAUCGUCGUGGUUGGUGGCUGCGAGCGGCUGGGGGGCUUCAACCUGCCCUACACCGAAUGCUACGAUCCAGUCACAGGAGAAUGGAAAUCGCUGGCAAAACUACCCGAGUUCACCAAGUCAGAGUACGCUGUCUGCGCCCUGCGCAAUGACAUCCUGGUGUCUGGAGGUCGUAUCAACAGCAGGGACGUGUGGAUGUACAACUCCCAGCUCAACUUGUGGUUGAGAGUGGCUCCUCUUGUCAAAGGCCGCUGGAGGCACAAGAUGUGUGUCCUCCUGGGCAAGGUUUAUGCUGUGGGUGGCUAUGAUGGCCAGAGUCGUCUGAGCAGUGUGGAGUGUUACGACUCUUUCUCGAACCGCUGGACCGAAGUGGCUCCCAUGAAAGAGGCAGUCAGCUCUCCAGCUGUAGCCAGCUGUGCUGGCAAGCUCUAUGUCAUUGGAGGAGGGCCUGAUGACAAUACGUGUUCAGACAAGGUUCAGUGCUACGACCCAGAGAACAACUGUUGGAUGCUGCGUGCUAACAUCCCCAUCGCCAAGCGCUGCAUCACAGCAGUGUCCCUCAACAACCUGAUCUAUGUGUGCGGUGGUCUUACCAAGUCCUUAUUUUGCUACGACCCAGCAGAGGACUACUGGAUGAAUGUGGCCCAAACCAUAAAGAAACUGGAGAGCUGUGGCAUGUCUGUGUGCAACGGCAAGAUCUUCAUCCUUGGUGGCCGAGGGGAAAACGGCGAAUCUUUAGACACGAUCCUGUGUUACGACCCGGCCACGGGCAUCAGCCACGGCACCUCAACCAUGCAGCGGCCCAUCUCCUACCAUGGAUGCGUAACCAUCCAUCGCUACAACGACAAAUACUUCAAGCCAUGA